UUUGCUUUUCAGACAUAAAAUAAAAUAAAAUAAAAAUGAGCAAGAACCGGUACUUUUCCAAAUUUGCCCCUACCGACUAAAACGACCUUCAUCAACCUCAUUCGUUGAGUCCUUCCUAUAAAUUCAAGCAUCAACAAUCCACGUUCCUCAGCGCAUUUUCGCAUCCGACUCCUUUUCCCUCUCUCUCUAUAGAUCCCUUUUUGUCCCCCUUACUCUUCGUCUUUCUCUCGUUAAGUUAAAACACACUUUAGUAAGCUACUUAUGGGAACUGUUGUUGAAGCUGCUAACAAGGGUGCAAGUGGAAGCAUUCUACAGAAAAGAAAUCCUACAAUCGUUUUUGUGUUAGGUGGGCCAGGAAGUGGAAAGGGCACCCAAUGUGCUAACAUUGUGCAACACUAUGGGUAUACUCAUCUAAGUGCUGGUGAUCUUCUACGAGCAGAAAUAAAAUCUGGUUCUGAAAAUGGUACAAUGAUUCAAAAUAUGAUUAAAGAAGGAAAAAUUGUUCCAUCGGAGGUUACAAUUAAGCUUCUGCAACGAGCAAUGGAGGAAAGUGGCAAGGACAAAUUUCUUAUUGAUGGUUUUCCUCGUAAUGAGGAAAACCGAGCAGCAUUUGAGAAAGUGACAGGAAUGGAACCAUCAUUUGUCCUGUUUUUUGAUUGUCCAGAGGAGGAAAUGGAGAGGCGACUUUUAAGUAGGAACCAGGGUAGAGAAGAUGACAAUAUUGAAACAAUAAGGAAGCGGUUCAAGGUUUUCUUGGAGUCUAGUCUCCCUGUGAUUAGUUAUUAUGAUGCAAAGGGUAAAGUUCGUAAGAUUGAUGCUGCAAGAUCUGUUGAAGAGGUAUUUGCCACAGUUAAAGCAAUUUUUGAGCCAAAAAAUGAAAAGGCUGAUUGAGCAUCUUGGACCCUUGGAUUCAUGCUGGAAUCUAGAGGUUUUACUAUUAUAUUAUUGGCUGCUUCUUCGUUGCCUCACAUUUUGGUAUUAAAAUAUAGAAAAUUGUAGUUUACUAGUUUAUACCUGAGAUUAUCCCCCGUAUUCUUAUGUUGUACCGUGUUGACUUAUUCGUUGAUUGUUCCAAUAAAGCAUUUUGUGUCUACAAGAAUAUGGCUCC